UUUUGUUUUCUUCCCUCCUCGAACCCUCUUCACAAAAAAGCUCCACUCGUUUCUCUCUGCAAAUCCGCCAUUCUCUGUCUCUGUCUCUGUCUCUGUCUCUGUCUCUCUCCCCCCUCCCCUCACCAAAAUGAUCUACAUUUUCCGAAUCCAUUUCUAAACGCGUCUCUCUCUCUCUCUCUAAAAAUGGACGGUCUCUCAGAAGAUCUCUCUAAUUCCACCCAGCGUUCCGACUUGGACAACGACCAACGAGUCUACUUCGUCCCCUACAGGUGGUGGAAGGAUGCGGAAGAUUCAAUACCGGAGGUUUUGGGUUCGAAGGGAGCCGUAGUGUACACGGCGUCGACAGGUUCCUCAUAUACGGGUCCUAUGAAGCUCAUCAACAACAUAUUCAGCUUGGAUCUUGUUUUGAGUCUGAGAAGGGAGGAUGAUUCCGAGAAGAGGGAAAAUGGUGAAGCGGGUGUCUCCGGACGGGACUAUGCAUUGGUCCCCAGUGAAAUGUGGGUGCAGGCACUCAGAUGGCAUAGUGAUUCUAAAGUAGCAAUGAAAAAUUCUGGGAGCUUUUCAGCUGCAGAAGAUGAUAUUUCGGAUGUGUAUCCUCUCAAACUACGGCUUUCAGUUCUGCGGGAAACAAAUUCAUUUGGAAUAAGAAUAUGCAAAAAGGAGAAUGCGGGCGAGCUCUUCAAAAGAGCCUGUAAAAUCUUCGGUGUAGAGUCUGAGCUGUUACGCAUCUGGGACCUCUGUGGGCAGACAAUGUCGUUUUUCACAAAUGAAAAAAAUAAGUUUCUAAGCGAUGGUCAACGACAGUCAGAUCAUGAUAUUAUACUGGAGUUGCAAGUUUAUGGGUUGUCAGAUUCUGUGAAGUCCAUGGAUGGAAGAAAAGUUGAGUUUAGACAGCAUUCUGCUUUGUCAAUUUCAUCUUCCGCCCCAUCAUUGAAUGGUUGUGUAGGCAAUACAAGCUCUAAUCUGGGUCGUAAAGGUUCCGGUGAAGUGGGUUCUUUGGGAUUGACUGGAUUGCAAAAUCUUGGAAACACAUGUUUCAUGAACAGUGCUCUCCAAUGCUUAGCCCACACCCCAAAGCUUGUUGAUUAUUUUCUUGGAGAUUAUGGUAGAGAAAUAAAUCAUGAGAACCCACUAGGCAUGGAUGGUGAGAUUGCUUUAGCAUUUGGAGAUCUGUUAAGGAAGUUAUGGGCUCCUGGCGCGGCUCCAGUGGCUCCAAGAUUGUUUAAGUCAAAGCUAGCUCGAUUUGCUCCUCAAUUCAGUGGCUAUAAUCAACAUGAUUCCCAAGAGCUUCUUGCUUUUUUGUUGGAUGGGCUCCAUGAAGAUCUCAAUCGUGUAAAAUGCAAGCCUUAUAUUGAAGCCAAGGAUGAAGAUGGUCGACCGGAUGGAGAAGUGGCCAAUGAAUACUGGCAGAAUCAUUUGGCUCGCAAUAACUCCAUAAUUGUUGAUGUGUGCCAAGGUCAAUAUAAAUCAACGUUAGUUUGUCCUGUUUGCAAAAAGAUCUCUGUAACCUUUGAUCCAUUCAUGUACCUAUCACUUCCUCUACCUUCAACAAUAAUGCGGACGAUGACUUUAACAGUUUUGAAUACCAAUGGGGAUAGUAAGCCAUCUCCAUGCACUAUUACUGUACCAAAGUAUGGAAAAUGCAAAGAUCUUAUCAAGGCUCUAGGUAUUGCGUGUUCUUUAGGGGCUGACGAGACCUUGUUGGUGGCUGAGAUAUACAACAACAGGAUUAUACGCUAUCUUGAGGAGCCAGCUGAUUCAUUAUCCUUAAUCAGAGAUGAUGACCGACUGGUGGCCUAUCGGUUAGCAAAAGAUAUUGAGCAGGUUCCUUUGGUUGUCUUCAUUAAUCAGCGUAUGGAGGAACAGUACAUCCAUGGGAAGCUGACUUCAAGUUGGAAGGCAUUUGGAGUUCCUCUUGUGGCAAGCCUUUGUGGGCCUGUGGAUGGGUCUUAUAUCUGCAAUCUUUAUCUAAAAUUGCUUAAUUCAUUCCGAAUACUUGCAGAAAAUCCCGCAGAAAAUCCCACAGAAGACUUUGAUAUCUCCAAGGGCACUGCAAUUGAAGAAGUAGAGGGUGCCGAAAGUCCUGUUACAGAUGGAUGUGUGAACCCCUCUAAAGUGAAUGGGUUUGUCUCAGCUUUGGAUCCAGAACUGCAAUUUUAUUUGACUGAUGAAAAGGGAAUUGUUAAGCACUCCAAGUUAGCCAUGAAUGAGCCAGUGACAGUUAUGGAAGUGUCCAGCCGAUUGUAUGUGCUUGUAUGCUGGCCAGAAUCACAUAUGGAACAAUAUGAUACAAAGCUUCUUUGCUCAUUACCAGAGGUUUUCAAGUCUGGGUUCUAUGUGAAGAGACCUCAGGAGUCUAUUUCUCUCUACAAGUGCCUAGAAGCAUUCUUGCAGGAGGAACCUCUUGGACCGGAAGACAUGUGGUACUGUCCUGGCUGUGAAAAGCAUUGUCAAGCUAUUAAAAAGUUAGAUCUUUGGAGACUGCCAGAGAUUUUGGUUAUUCAUUUGAAGAGGUUCUCAUAUAGCCGGUUCUCGAAGAACAAGCUAGAGACAUAUGUUGACUUUCCUGUUGAUAAUUUUGAUCUGUCACCUUAUAUUUCCCAGAUGAAUAGCCAGUCAAGUAAGCGUUAUGUGCUUUAUGCAGUUAGUAAUCACUACGGAAGCAUGGGAGGUGGUCAUUACACAGCAUUUGUCCAUCAAGGGGGUGACCAGUGGUACGAAUUUGAUGAUGGCCGUGUUUAUCCCAUCAGCCACGAGAAGAUAAAGUCUUCUGCGGCAUAUGUUCUUUUCUACAGAAGAGUUGUAGAAGUGUAAUAUCAGAGUAUAAUUAUAGAUCAUUGAAAACACCUGUUGAAGCAAUAUAUCUUCAGCAUUUUUGGAUCUUAUCUUUUACAACUACAAUUAAAGUAGCAUUCUUUGUCAAUAGCAUUAACUGAUUUAAUUGAUUGGAGUUUCCGGCAUGGACGAAAAUGGAGAUAUUCACUUGACAAAGGUUCUGAAGAUAAGUGUAUCAGUGUAACAACCGCAGAAAUGAAGGCAUGCCCAGGAUUAGCACAAAAAAAACAAAAAGAAAAAGAGAGGCAUACUCAGGAUUCAGGAAGAUAUUAUGUACCCCUGUAGCUGUGUAUGAAAAAAACACCUUUCACUUCAAGAGUAGAAAAUUUUGCAGUGGGAAUUUGCAUCCAUGAUCCAACCCCAGUGAUACGUGUAUUUUCUAUCUUUUUAUAUUAUUGAUGAUAGAAGAUGUGGGAUUCUUUUUAUAGGCAACUAAUGAAGUCUUCCAAUUUGAAGUUGAUGA